GCGGGAAUGGAGGGAACUGCCUAAUGAAACCUUGUCGACCGGUAGUAAAAAGCAGCGUCGACUAUUGUUAAAAUCAACCGUCAUCUUCCGUCUGCGAUGGCAAGAGUGAGACAAGAGGACGAAAAUCCGUUUUCCCUGUUGAGAGAAAAUAAUUAUAUAUAAGCAACGUUGAACAACUCUUUCAUAUUUAAGCUAUAUAGUUAUUUAUCUGUGUGAAGAUGAACGGGGUAACGCGGAGUCUGUGUACAUUUGAGGACAUCAGAGCUGAUGAGAGAACAGCGGAUGGGUGCAGGAGACUGAGGCUGACUCUCCACCAGCAGAACCAGGCCGGGAGGAUCACAGAACAACCCAGGAGCAAGCCAAUCGGACGAGCGUUUGCUCUGGUGCAGCCAACCAGUGAUAGGCCUGCUCUGAAGCCUGAACCAAUCAAAUCCUCUGAGGAGAAGGCUGAAAAGGUUGAGGUCAUCAAGGUGUAUCUGGAGGAUCGUAGACAGGAGCAGCAGAGACACCAGCAGAGCCUCAAGAUGUUGUCAGAUGAAGUCUCCCAGAUACAGGAGGUGAGAUACUGUCUGAAGACCCUGAGGGAACAGAUGGCAACCAAGAACAAAGGACAACACAAGUUUCUUGCUAGUGGCUACAGAGUCAGCACUCCCUCCAAUCAGAACAUCUCUUCUUCCUCAAAGGGAGGAGCUAAAGAUGAUGGGCAGGGAGGGGAGGAUGAGGUGGAGAGAGUGAAGAUGAGGGAGGUCAGUAAACGUCUGUAUGCUCAGCUACAGGAGGCCGAGAAGAAACACCAGGAGGAGAGAGAGAGACUGCAGGCUGAGGGUGUGGAUCUGCGCCAGCGUCUGGGGGAGCAGGAGGACAAGCUGAAGGGGGUGGAGGAGAGUAGUGAGAGGAAGGACCAGAGGAUUGAGGAGCUCCAGAGGCUACUGGGAGGCAUGACGCAGGAGAGCCAAGCCCUACGAGACACACUGAGGAACAGAGAGGAGGAACUCCGAGAAUUACGCAAGAUCAGAGAGGAGGGCAGGAACGAGGAGCAGAGGUCAGAGCAGUUGGAGAAGGAGCUGGCCAUUCUGAAGGAGAAGAUCCAUCAUCUAGAUGACAUGCUGAAGAGCCAGCAGAGGAAAGUCAGACACAUGAUCGAACAGCUGCAGAACUCUCGUAUGGUGAUCCAGGAGAGGGACCGUGUUAUCAGAGAUCUGGAGGAGAAGGUGGCUUUCCUGGAGGCAGAGAACCGGGAGAUGCAUGAUCAGAUGGACUACUUCCUGGGAGGUGAAAGGUCAAACUCGCACCUCUCAUCAGACCGCCAUGCCCAGAUUGUCUACAGUAAGCCUUUGAAGCCCACCAACUCGUCCAACAAGCCUCUUCCCUUCAUCAAAAUCAUUGAGACCAAGUCCUGAACUGGUGAAAGCGAGGGAGAAGGGGCUAACCUAACGACACCAAACCUGCUAAGCUAAGCAACAACGGACUGAAAUAGACCACCACCACAUUACUACCACACCAACAUCACAGUACACGUAUGAAGUUUAAACUGAGGUGACCACAACAUCACAUCAACUGACCACCAGCCACGACCAUCACCCACCCAUGGCCACACUCCUUCGAUAGGACACUAUGCAAUGUGUGUGUGUGUGUGUGUGUGUGUGUGUGUGUGUGUCAGAGGAGGCUGGUGGGAUAAACUAUAGGAGGAGGGGCUCAUUGUAAUGUCUGGAAUGGUAUACAUGGAACAGUCAAAAUGGUUUACAUGUUUGCUGUGUUUCAUACCGUUCCAUUUAUUCCUCCUAUAGCUCCUCCCACCAGCCUCCUCGUGUGUGUGUGUGUGUGUGUGUGUGUGUGUGUGUGUGUGUGUGUGUGUGUGUGUGUGUGUGUGUGUGUGUGUGUGUGUGUGUGUGUGUGUGUGUGUGUGUGUGUGUGUGUGUGUGUGUGUGUGUGUACGGUUUUGGAUUGUGUAUGGACAUAGAUAUACUGAUAGAGUUGAUUCACAAUAGAAGUCUAUUUAUUCAUAGCAGACAGAUUUAUUCUUUCUAACCCAGUGUCAUAAUCUAUUGUCAUCUGUUGAAGUCCGUCUGAAGGACUUUACUACUGAGAGAGAGGACCAGAGACAGUGUGAGAGCAGUACCCUGUGGUCAGUCAGGGUCUGAUAACAGACCGAGUACUUUGGCCUCAGAGAGGAGGCAACCAUGCCAGGUUGGGCCAUAACAGAGAAAUAAAAUGGCCGAUGAUUGAGAGGGGGAUCCAAGAGAGAGAGAGAGAGAGAGAAAUCUGUAUUAAACUAACCAGAAUACAACCAGUUUGUCAUCUUUUUACCAUGGCACCAAGGCAGGAUAGAGGGAGUGUUGCUACAGUAUAUAGGUAUUGGAGAAGCAGAAACGCAUUAAGGAUAGAGGUUCUAGUUUUCCAUCAAACCCUUCUGUAACCCAUUAACCUACUUCCUGUGUCUGUGACCUAGAGUCCACUGUUAGAAUCCUCUUUAUUUGACACCUGAAAGGGAGGAAGACAAUCUUUGACUUUUUGUAAAUAUACUUACAUGGUCACGCAGCGGCCACAGUGAUGUGUCAUGGUUUGAAUACAAAGUUAAAGGCCAUGUUUGUGUUAUUUUGUUCAUUGAGAAAGUGGGAUGUUUGGUCUAGUAUGUGUGGAUUAGAAGUACCCCUCACCAAUACUGAUGUCACUUUAAAGUCUAAAGAAAAUGAAGAUGAUUCUUUCUGACAAGCACUAACCUUGCAAGAAGUCUUGUUGACAUUAUCCACAUUUUUGCAUGCAUUUCAGUUACCUGAAGUUUCAUCCACUAUCCCCAGCUGUGUACAUAACUAUAUUUAUUUGUUUAUGUGGUAUUCUUUGAUAUCCCUGUAGUCUUACUCUGGGAUUUGUUUUGUUAGUUUUAUCAUUCAGACAGGAAUGUUUGGCCUGACACUUAGUGUGUGACAAUCAUCUUUAUGUAUUUAUGUGAAAAUACAACUUUUCAUUGUAGGGAAAACAAUUUCAGUAGACAUUUUAGUGUGUGUUAACAACAUAUAUAUAUACUUUGUGUUUUUGUUAUUUUAAUAAAUGUAUGAAAAUAA